AUGGAUCGAUCAUUUUUCCAAUUUUUGAUGAUCGCUUGGCUUACUGUAAUUAACGCCGUCGAAUGGAGUCAAUUUGAUGAAAAACCGGAAAAAUAUGGUUUGCUCGUGAAUGAAGGACAUAAAUUUCAAGGCGACAUUAUCGUUGUUUUCUACGAACAAAAAUUCGGCUUAUAUCCACACUAUCGUAAUUUUUCUGAUAUUUCGUCGGCUGUCAACGGUGGUAUCCCUCAGCGCGCCGAUCUCUCAGCUCAUCUGGAAAAAGUUCGAAAUAAUAUCGAAAAAGCGAUACCGAAAGUAGGUUUUAAUGGUUUGGCUAUAAUUGACUACGAGGAAUGGCGACCACUUUGGAAACAUAAUUGGUAUACAAAACGAAUUUAUCAGAAGGCAUCGAUAGAUGAUGUUAAGCAAAGACAACCAGAAAUAAGCGAAGAAGAAGCUGAAAAGAUUGCUGAAAAAGAAUUCAAUAAUGCAUCGAUGGUAUUUUUAACCAAAACAAUACAAGAAGCGAAAAAACUUAGACCGAAUGCACUAUGGGGAUAUUAUGGGAUGCCAUUUUGUAAUUAUUCUGCGGGAAAAAAUGGUACCGUAGGAUGUGGUGAAUGGUUUGAGGAAUAUAAUGAUCG